AUGAAUCCAAAUUAUAAUCAACAACAACAACCACCUAUUUAUACAACUAAACAUUAUAUUCAUGAUCCUCAAGCAAAUGCAGGAAAUAAUAAUAAUCAAUCACAUCCUCCUGCUCCAGCAUAUCCUUAUUAUUCAAAUAAUCAACCACGAACAACUAUAACAUAUGUAAAUGACAGACCAAAUUAUGGACAACAACCCCAAUCUUAUGCUCCACCAAAUGCAAACUAUAAUGGACCACCAAAUCAGAAUUACAAUGGACCACCGCAUCCAAAUUAUAAUCAACCACCGCCAAAUCAAAAUUAUAACCAACCACCGAAUCAAAACUAUAAUCAACCACCACAUCCAAAUUAUAACCAACCACCAAAUAAUCGAAAUGAUUAUAAUAAUCCGGUUAGAGGAGGUGGUGGUCCUGCUGGUGGUGGUGGAAUCGAGAAAACGAAUGUGAUGUCGAAUGAAAGUCCAUUUCAUGAUCCAGCUCGUCGACAUGAACAAGUUAAUCCAUCACGUAGAAUAACAUCUACGGCAUCCUCAUCAAAAGAUAGUGGAGAAUCCAAUAAAACAUUAAAUCUUUCAGAAGAAAGUCCAUUUCAUAGUAUUUAUAGUGGUUAUCAUUAUCCAUCACAAAUAGAUCCAACAAAAAGAAUUACAACUCAAAAUGCAGGUGCACGUUCAACAGAUAAUAAAUCAUUAAAUUUAUCUGAUGAAAGUCCAUUUUUUUCAACAUAUGGACGUUAUCAUUAUCCAUCACAAAUCGAUCCACAAAAACGUAUUACAGAAAUGCCAAAAUCUAGUGGAUCUUUAGGACAAACAAAUGAAAUGUCAAAUGAAAAUCCAUUCAGUAAUUAUCGACCACCGUCACCUCGAAACUAUGCACCAGGUCCUGGACCAAAUUCAUAUUCACCACCUAAUAAUGAUUCGAAUAGAAAUUAUAACAAUAAUCCAGUACCAACUCCAUAUCGAUCGAAUCAAGAACAACAACCACCACCAAAUUAUUAUAAUCAUCCACAACCAUCAUCUAUGCGACCACCAAGUCCACCAGUAUCACAACCUCCAGUACGUCCACCAGCUCAAAAACCAAAUCCUUCUGGUCCACAAGAUAAAACAUCAUUAAAUAUGAGUCCUGAUAAUCCAUUUGCAGCAACUUAUGGUGGUUAUCAUUAUCCGUCGGCAGAAGAAAUUAAAGCUCAAAAACGAUCUAAUGAACGUAAUGCUCGUUUUGCAGAUCAACAACCAGUUAAUAAUAAUCGACCAGGAGGACAACCAUCAAAUCAAAUGAGUGAAUAUCCCGAAGCAGAAAACAAAGAUGUUAUUGCCGGAAAAGGAAACACGAAAUUUACUCGUUUUGAAGUCAAUUUUUGA